UCCGCUACUAUUCAUCGCCCUGCAAUACAUACAUGUGGUUCCGUUCUCGCCCGCUGCAUGUAGUUACUGCGGUGGGGGCCGGCCAGUGCUGUCCUGCGUAUUUACUACUAAUCCACUCUCCUUCGACACCGCCCGACGACGCAUCAGAGCUUUCAUGCCGUCGCUCUUGUCUCUGUUCCGCCGCCGUCCGGCCGCGUCUCGGCUUCGUUUCGUGAGAGGGAGGCAAACGUCGGGGGAUUGUUCUCGACUUGUGAUCCAGGCUUCUGGCCUCCCUCCCUUUGCUUCCUCUGCUCCAAUGCUACUUUGUUCUUUUCUCUUUCCCGUCCGUCUCUGCCCCGCCGUGUCAAGAAAAUCUCCAGAUCCUUUUUAAGCAUGGUGUUUUCAGAGGUUCAACUGAACCCAUCUUCUUUUUUUCUGUCCCUCCUCUUUUGGCCGUAGCAGUACUAGCUUGUGCGGAGGGUGCAAAGUAAAGUGCCUGGUUUUUAUCAGGACAACACUCUUCCACACCAACGAAAUCCACAAAGCGCGGCGUCUGUCUGCGGAUAAAUGGAUACUGCCAUUAGCAUUAGCGUCGGUGGUUAGGAGCUCUUUUGUUUUCUCCGAUCUGCUCCAAAGGCAGCAGGCAUGGGCUCUUUUUUUCCUGGAUGGAUGGAGCAUUGACUUGUGGAUCUUACUUUUGUUUUUCUAAUGGCAUGAAGUAAUCAGCUCUGUUCCCGAAGGCAUCUCCUCACGCAUGGCUAGGCCUUGACGAGAUACACCCUGCAGAUCAUGAAGAUAGAUAAUGAAAGGCCUUACCAUACCAAUUCUUUUCAUGAGCUUGUACCCAGUGGCGGCCCUAAAGUAGACGGUGAACCUGAAAGGGAAACUAAGGACAAUCUUUUGGAAGAUAAAAUGGUUGAACAGACCAAUCCAUCAGAGCAUGGUUUUGUGAAAGCUGAGCAUGAGAAGGGAGGUAAAACCAGACAAAUACGGAUUGAGGAUGUUUCUUAUGACAAGGAUGUUGUUGAGAUCAACCUGCCAAGUUCUGUGGUUUCUUCUGAUUAUGGCGGCCAUUUUGUCAAGGAUGUCUGCAUUGACGAGGGAGUGCUUGCUGAUCAGAAGGCUUCGGCAGAGAAGGUAGUAAGUGAAAAGGUAUGCCCAAUCUUUGAUUCUUCAAUGGCCGAUGCAAAUGGUGAUCUGAAGGAAGACGUAAGACUUGAUCCUGUGAAAACUGCAAAUAAGUCACAGAUAGUUCCCCUUCAUGUCGUGCAUGCUACCGAUGGUAAUACUAUGGAAGAAACAAGAGCUGAUCCUUCGAAAACUGAACAUGAAUCAGAGUUACAAAUUGUUACCCUACAUGUUCCAUGUUCUACUGAUGGUAAUAAGAUGGAACAAUAUUCUUGUGGCGAAGCACGUGAUGUUGAAAGCAACAAGACUAUAGAUGAAUUUACCAAUGUAAACGAUGAGAAAUCAAGUCCUAGACAGUUAUCAAGUCAUGAAGCUGCAAAACAGUGCCAGCAGGUGGGCACAGUAAUUUCUGAGACCUGUGAAACUCACAAGCCACUUUGCGAUGGAGAAGCAAUUGAUGAGGUUACACCAAUCGUUUGCCAUGAAACUGGAUCGAGUACUGCACCAGAGUCCAGUUACCUCAGUGGUUUACCAGUUGAAUCAACUUCUGAUGGGCUCUCAGCUGUAAUUCCUGAAGAAGAUGUUGGUGCAGAAUUAGAUAACAGAGGAUUGAAUCCAGCUACUCACUAUAACCCCUUUAUCGCCUAUGGGUCGUUAGAGGACACAUGGGAAUCCAAGUAUGCUCUACCUACCAUUGUCGACGAGGUUUCUGUUGUACCCAUCUGCCCUGUUGGAAAGACAGAUAGUUUCAGUGAUCUUGUCAACGGUGGUGCACUGGGAGGAUUUGAUUAUGUUGAAACAGCUGAAUCCAGAAUUGGAGACAGCAGUAAGUUAGAUUCUGUUGGAGGACGUUCAAGCAGGCUGGGGGUCCAAGCAUCUGAAGAGAGCCAUGAUCAAGGAGGUCUUGUCGAAAGAACAGAUAGUUUUAGUGACAUCGUCAACGGCGCACCAGGUAGAUUUGAUUCUGUUGCAGCAGAUGAAACCAGAAUCAAACACAAUAGACUAGAUUCCAUAGAAGAAAGUUCAGGUAGGUUGGAUGUCCAAGCAUCUGAAGAGAACAAUGAUCAGAGAGGUACUGUCAGCGCAGAGCCUAGUGAUGUCAAGACUGAAGGCCAUCCAAAAAGCGAGACCGGUGCUGUCGAAGAUGAACAUGACUUCAACCCAAGAGACGUGGGGGAUGGCACAAAGACAAGGGAGGAAAGCAGCGGCGGCGAUGAGAGCUCUACGGUUUCGCAAACGGAGUCGGCGGUUCAGCAGAAUGAGCCUGAUGGUGCAAAGUUGACGACUCGGGGUGGCAUUCGCAACCCCUUUGAGUCGAGCUUCUCUGGAGCAAACAUCACGCUGGACGCGGUAGCGCCCUCUGCGCACAUCGGCAACACUUCUCUUCGCUCGGAUAGCAGCACGACAAGUACUCGGUCCUUUGCAUUCCCAGUGCUACAGACUGAGUGGAACAGCAGUCCGGUGAGGAUGGCGAAGGCGGACCGUAGGCGUUUCAGGCGAGACCGGGGCUGGGGUUUCAGGGUCCUCUGCUGUAAAUUCUGAGAGCAUUUUUUUCCUGUUUGAUUGAUGAGUCUAGCUCAUGGCCGGCGGCCUCGCGCCUGAGCUAGUGUUAGCCAGCCAAUGUUAAAUUCAUUCAAAUGUUGAUCGUUUCUCCCCCCUUCCUUGCUCUUCUCCCCCCAUAUGCCCUGCUCUUUUAUUUUAUUUACAAAUAGCAGGUGGUUGAUGGCUUGUCGGGUUCGCUAGUGGCUUGUAAUUUGGAGAGAUUGUGCGUGAGAAAUGAACAGGUAUAGCAGCUUUCUUUCAUGUA